AUGGCAGAGAGCGAGAGUGGUGGUGUGAUCAAUGGGUUAGGAAAGACUGUUUCUCAACUUGAAAAGGUCGUGUCAGCAUCACUACGGCCGUUGCCCACCGAAACAGGGGAUGGAUCUUACGUGAAGGAGUCAAAUAGCACGGGAAUUGUCAGAGAUCUGGGCCGUAUGGAUCUCAGCGAUGUCAAGACGAUCGUGGAACUCACCAAAAAUGCCGCCACGGGAGAGCCUCUCAAUGACAAGCACUAUAUAAUGGAGCGAUUGAUUCAGCUCACGUCCGCACUUCCUUCCAACUCUCGAGUCGGAAAAGAGUUAACAAAUGCCUUCCUCAACCAGCUGUGGAAAGAUCUGGAACAUCCCCCGGUUUCGUACCUUGGCCGCGAAUACUCGUAUCGAGAAGCAGAUGGUUCAGGCAAUAACGUUUUGUGGCCUCAUAUCGGCGCUGCCGGCUCUCAUUACGCGAGAUCCGUUCGACCAAAGACAUUGCAAUCUCCUGCGCUCCCGGAUCCAGAAACACUCUUCGAUUCGCUUUUGGUGCGCAAAGAUUUCAAGGAACAUCCAAAUAAGAUUUCUAGUAUUUUGUUCUACAUUGCAUCCAUUAUUAUCCAUGACCUAUUUCAAACGGACCGCAACGAUGCCACGAUUUCCUUAACAUCUUCAUAUCUCGAUCUCUCGCCGCUGUAUGGGAAUAACCAAGACGAGCAAAAUCUCGUCAGAACCUUUAAGGAUGGAAAGCUCAAGCCGGACUGUUUCUCCACCAAGCGUGUACUGGGGUUCCCCCCGGGUAUUGGCGUAAUCUUGAUCAUGUUUAACCGAUUUCACAACUACGUCGUCGAACAGCUGGCGUCAAUAAACGAAGGCGGCCGGUUCACUAAGCCCGACGAAUCAGACACCAAAGCAUACGCAAGAUAUGAUAACGACCUGUUCCAAACCGGUCGGCUAGUAACCUGCGGCCUCUAUGUCAACAUAAUCCUCAAAGACUACGUCCGAACAAUCUUGAAUGUUAACCGAACUGACAGCCUUUGGAGCUUGGAUCCUCGUGCUGAAAUGAAGGAUGGAUUGCUCGGUGAAGCAGCCGCUCAGGCCACAGGUAACCAAGUCUCGGCUGAAUUCAAUCUCGUAUACAGAUGGCAUUCUUGCAUUUCCCAGCGUGACGAGAAGUGGACAGAAGAUUUGUACAAAGAUAUGUUUCCUGGAAGGGACCCAAGCAGUGUCUCGUUGCAGGAAUUCGUACGAGGUCUCGGAAAGUGGGAGGCAGACCUCCCAGAGCAACCCGAGGAUCGUCCAUUUGCUGGCCUACAGCGCAAGCCCGAUGGGUCAUUUGACGAUGACUCUCUCGUAAAAAUCUUUGAGGACAGCGUUGAGGACUGUGCGGGCGCAUUUGGUGCAUCUAACGUUCCAACGAUCUUCAAAAGCAUCGAAGCGUUGGGAAUAAAACAAGCUCGCUCUUGGAAUUUGGCGACCUUGAACGAGUUCCGGAACUACUUCAACCUAACCCCUUACAAAACAUUUGAGGAGAUCAAUCCUGACCCUGUUAUAUCUGAUCAGCUCAAGCGACUAUAUGAUCACCCGGACCAUGUGGAGAUCUACCCUGGUGUUAUCGUCGAAGAUACAAAAGAAGCCGUGGUCCCUGGAAGUGGCUUGUGUACCAAUUUCACAAUUUCAAGAGCCAUUCUCUCCGAUGCAGUUGCCUUAGUUCGGGGCGAUCGCUUCUACACGGUGGAUUUCACUCCAAGACAUCUUACAAACUGGGCCUUUAGCGAAAUCGAACCUAAAGAUUCAGUCGAUCAAGGCCAGGUAUUCUAUAAGCUUGUGCUGCGGGCAUUCCCGAACCAUUUCAAGGGAAACUCAAUCUACGCACAUUUCCCUUUGGUUAUUCCAUCUGAAAACAAGAAGAUACUCACAAAGCUUGGGUUUGCUGAGAAAUACAGCUGGGACAAACCUGGCCUCACUCCCCCACCCGAGUUUAUUAACUCUCAUUCGGCUUGUAUGUCAAUAUUGUCUGAUCAAGAGACAUUCAAGGUCACAUGGGGAUCAAAGAUUGAGUUUUUAAUGCAUCGUGGCAAACAGCCUUUUGGCAGAGACUUCAUGCUGUCCGGGGAUAGGCCUCCAAAUUCCGCAUCGCGCAAAAUGAUGGGAGCUGCUUUGUACCGGAAGAGAUGGGAGAAUGAAGUCAGAUCAUUCUAUGAAGACAUAACUCUAAAGCUUCUGCACAGGAACUCUUACAAGAUUGCUGGGAUCAAUCAAGUUGACAUUGUACGAGACGUUGCAAAUCCUGCUCAGGUUAACUUCUGCGCAAAUGUGUUCUCAUUGCCCUUGAAAACUGAAUCUAACCCCCGGGGAAUCUUCACGGAAUCCGAGCUCUACCAAAUCAUGGCUGUUGUUUUCACCUCAAUCUUCUACGAUGCGGAUCCUGCGAACUCAUUUGAACUUAACCAAGCUGCCCGGGAAGUGACGCAGCAGCUUGGGCAGUUGGCAAUGGCCAAUGUCGAGCUUGUCAACAACACUGGGUUCAUUGCAAACCUGGUGAGUAGUUUACACCGACAUGACGUGCUCAGCGAAUACGGUGUCCAUAUGAUCCAACGCCUCCUGGGCAGUGGACUGCCAGCGGAGGAGAUUGUAUGGACUCAUAUUCUGCCAACUGCUGGGGGCAUGGUAGCAAACCAGGCGCAGCUUUUUUCACAGUGUCUUGACUAUUACCUUUCGGAAGAAGGCUCGGUCCAUUUGCCUGAUAUCAAGAGGCUGGCGAAGGUUGACACGCCGGAAACCGACGAAUUGCUGUUAAGAUAG